UGUUUGUUUGUAUUCAAAUAAACUUCAUUAAAUGUCUUAUCCGAUCAGACCCUAAUUCACAUAACCUCAUGCAAAGUUCAGGGAAGGUUUAUAUGGAUGGUUAAAGAUGAAAACUUUGCCCGGGGAAAAAAGGUGACAUUUUUGUCUUUGAAAAUGCGCAAUUUACUCAGAAAAAUCGGCAAAAUACGAUUUACAAAGAAAAAUGGCAACUGGAAGAGCAACAGUUAGAAGCUUAAAUUAUUAAUAGAAAAAGGGGUGCAAAGCACACAGAAAACUUAGUAUUCUUAAGACAUCAGAUUGCAAAGAUAUAAAGAUUUUUAAAAUUUUUAAUUUUAGGUUCUCCAGUUUGCCUGAGACUGACUCUACGAAUCAUAACAUUUGAAUUUUUGGGAUCCACAACCCACUCACUCUGUACUAUAUCAGUCAUUGUAAAAUCUUCAUAAAUCUAAAAAUAUUCAAAAUUAGAUCUUUGUGAUGGACUAAAUAUAGGUUUAAUUUGAAUGGGACGAGACCGGACUUUUGGCAAGGUUCCAGCUUACUCCGGUCAGAGAUAUAGAACUCCUCAAACCUUCAGUUCUCUUCUCUACACCUAUCCUUACUAUGGUCCCUGAUAGUAUGAUAAACCUGGGUUACCGGUGAUCAUGAGAGUAUUAUGAGUUUUAUAGUGAUUCUUCUCCUCAAGAAUAUGCUCCGGCACGGGAACAAUUUGGCAUGGGAUACAUUGUGCUCGGAAUGAGGAUUAGUUUAGUUUCUAUCCUUUUUCUUCUCCUCUCCUGCUCUUCCUCUCUCUCCCAGAGCACUUCAACCUUUAGUGAAUCCCUCAAUGAUAAACAGAUUCUGGAUCGUCUCGUUCAUUCUCAAAGAUACGAUCGUAGGAUUAAACCUGAUAUUAAGCCUCUUCAUGUAAAUGUUAGUGUCGUCCUUCUCUCCCUGUCGUCCCCGGACGAGUCCAGUCUUCACUAUGAAGUAGAAUUUCUCAUGCAUCAGAGGUGGACGGAUCCGAGAUUAACCUACUCAGAUGCUCGGAACCGACCCUAUCUGAACGCUCUAGCCCAUCAUACAAAGAUCUGGAAACCUGACCUCUACAUCAUCAAACACGGAUCCUACAAGAGUAUCAACCCAACCGAGGUUUCUCUCCGUGUUUACAAGAAUGGAACAAUAUUUUACACAAUGAGACGUCAUCUAGUUCUAAACUGUGUCGGAGAUCUUCACAUAUUUCCGUUUGACAGUCCUAUGUGUACUUUCUCUAUCGAGAGCGUCUCGUCAACCCGGAGUCAGAUGGAGUUUCACUGGUCAGGAUUAAUGAGAGGAGAUGAUUCUUCAGCUGGGAGUAUUGUUCUCUCACCCCUUCUCAAACAGCACAACGCUUACCUCAUUCAUAACGAGACCUUGGUUUGCGAAGGGGAGGAGUGGAGAGGAGAUUUUAGUUGUCUCAAGGUUCAACUUCACUUCACCAGAGAUAAAUGGUUUUAUUACACUACAGUAUUUGUUCCUGGGUUGAUCCUCGUUACAUCUUCCUUCGUAACUUUCUGGAUAGAGUGGAAUGCCGAGCCCUCCAGGGUCAUGCUGGGGGUCACCACCAUGCUUAACUUCUUCACAACCUCUAACAAGUUCAGGUCCAAGCUCCCGGUCGUUUCCAACCUCACUGCGAUGAACAUGUGGGACGGAAUCUGCAUGUUCUUCAUCUACGCGUCCUUUCUCGAAUUUAUGGUGGUGAACUACCUCGCCCGGUGGGUUCAGGACCCGGAGAACAACAAGAAGAAACGGGAGAAUGCAAUUCUCGAUUCUCUCCGUAUUGUCUCCACUACCCUGGAUUUAAAGCAUCCAGAGAAGGCGGGAACUCUCGGCGGGCAACUACAUAGUUUCGGCGGGAACCUAGAAACUAAAUUAAAGGAAGUUAAAACAAAACUUCCCACCGAAAUCACCUCCAAGGUUCCAGCAAUCAUGCAAGAAAAACCGCUGGAGAAAAAUGGCGAAGAGACUCCGGCUGUUGUAGUUCCACCCGCCGCCGUGGUGGAGGAGGAACCCCAAGGCCCCGGCGGAUACACGCUCACGUCGGUUAAAAAGAUAGACACUUAUUCCCGUCGGAUAUUUCCCUGCUCGUAUAUUUGUUUUGUAUUGUAUUUUUUUAUCAGAUAUCAUUUAAUCGAGGGAGACCUGUCAAUUGAGUUUUGACGAGGUCACUCUUCCGUGUCAUCAUUCCCCUGUUUUCCUGUGAUUAAUGGAUAUUUUAUAUUUAAUAAAUCUAUCUCUUGAAA